AUUGUUAGGUCCUUCGACGAUGGCAACUAACCCAAAUAUUCCACUCUAUCUCUUCACCUUGGUGCUCGCUGUGUUGCAGAGUCCUGCCUCAGGGCUAACUACUCGUAGACAACUCGUGAGAAAGACUUACUGCACCACAUUGAGAAGAAGUCUUGGCAUCGGAACCACCACUCCUUGUGGUUUCUCAGAUCAAGCUGAGACAGAGGGUCUUGUCUUACCUGGUAUGGAUGAUGGAGUUCUCACCGAGAGAGAAGAUAUUAUUUUAACUGAUGAUGGUAUGGCUAGAGUUGAAGCUCUUCCUAACAGACCGUACAAGUAUGUGCUCACGGCCAACUCCGCUGAUUAUAGUAGAUAUGAGGAAAUCUUCGGUGGAGUAGCGAUGGUCAUCAGUGAAGGCGCAGUUGAUGGUAACACUGACUACGAGGCUCAGGGACAUGCUUACAGACAUUUCACCGAUCUCGUCAAGUCCGGCUUCACUAGUCUUGGUCGAGCCGACUUAGAUGGGACCCCGGCGCAAGUGUUCGUCGGCUACGCGGCCAACAUACCAGGAGGUCAUGUACUUGAUGAACUCGCCAAGGAAGGACUGAGUGCCGACUUUUUCACUAUGUACAUGGAUGAAAAUGUUGACGGUAAAUUGUUGAAAAUGGAGGCAAGGAAUAGCUAUAUGGGCAACGAGCUCUAUCAAGAAGUGUUGGUGACAGCUUACGGCGAGCUCAAGGAUGACAUGAGCCUCGAGGAAGCUGUGGACGAGCUUCAUGCCACUUAUGCAAGUACUGUUAAAUACAACAUGUCACUACAGAACCCGUUCAGAAGCUCAGCAUUCCAUACUCACAGUCCCGCGAUGGUGUCUAGCCAGUAUCUACCAGAAACUGAGCGUCUAUCCUAUUCGGCUUAUGAUGAACGUUGGACGGUACUUGAUUGGGUGAAGAACGGUCGCGGCACUCGAAGUCUUCGCAAGAGCAAUGCUUCAUCUAUAUUCCAACCUAUCGAGUAUUUCGGUAUUGAACCAAACAGUGCUGCCGAGGAGUACUUCAAGAAUCAACGUCAUGGUAGGAAGCUUGUUGACGUGGCGUUUCCUAAGGCUUGUAGCUUGACGGAGAAGCCGGUGAACGAAAGCUUCUGUAUCCACGCUGCUAUAAACAGGGACGGAAGUAAGAACAACAUCGAUGUCAUUGGAUCCGUGUUUGACUAUCUCUCGCCUAAUACAACACGUAUUUCGGCUGGGUUAAAUGUCGUCCAGGAGAGAAAUCUGGCUGUUGACAUGCAUAUUUCUGGUGGAGGCACUAUCUCUGUCUACUCUGUCGGUGACAACGUACGCCUCGACGCCACCGCUACUUAUCAAAUUCUGGAUGGCGGAAACCCUAGGUAUUUCGAUGGUGAAGUGAAAAUAGCCUGUGGUUAUCAGCUUACUGGCGAGGUGUCGAUCAAGGUUGCAUCCUUCGAUGUGAUAAGUGCCCCAUUCGGUGGUACUGGCGUGACCGGUGGCGGUGCAAACAAUUUGAUCGGAAACUACAUCCCGCUAAGCGGUGGAGUCGAUUACGGUGUCUCUGGAUUCAAGGUCAAGGGUACAAUGUUUGGUUCAUCACAAGGUGGAAGUUUCUUGAAGUAUAAGCUCGAAUUCCCUCUGGUUUGGGGUUUCUGGUUCUCUGCCUACAUGGAAACUGGUGUGCUGUUGAUCUUCAACCACACAGAAUUCAACCUUAUCAGCUUUUGAUUGCGACCGCGGCCACAUGCAAUCUAUCACGAUGAUGGUACAAGUCUUGUUGUCUUGACUAUGGAACUCUCAAUCUCAGCUCAAUGAAAACGAGUCUUAUGUUUUCCGAGAAAGUUUAUCGAUUCUUGUCGCCACUCCUACUGAGGAGCUACGGCUUUGCUAUUCUACUU